AUAGUUUAGUAAUAAACUAAAAACUUGUGUUCUACAUACGGACAUAUUCUGUUUUUUUUUUUUGUAAUGGCUUCUUCCUCUUACGCACCAUUCUCUGCAGUCUUCAGCGGUUUCGCUGCAACGAAACCUAACCCACCUCCAACUUGUUCUGCUUUUCUCGUCCCUAAGCGAAGAUCAAAUUCUCGGAAUCUGAAAAAUGGGGUUUCCUUGAAAUCUUGGAAUAAGCAUGGAUUUCAAUUCACAUCAAGAAAUUUGAGUGUGUAUGCAAGAGCUACUGAAGAGAAGACUGUUCAUGAUUUCACUGUAAAGGACAUAAGUGGGAAGGAUGUUUCCCUAGACAAAUUCAAAGGAAAACCUCUGUUGAUCGUUAACGUUGCUUCAAAAUGUGGUUUAACAUCAUCAAACUACACAGAGCUUUCACAAUUGUACGACAAAUACAGAAACCAAGGAUUUGAGAUUCUAGCUUUCCCUUGCAAUCAAUUUGGAGGUCAAGAACCUGAAUCAAACCCGGAUAUCAAGCGGUUCGUGUGUACCAGAUUUAAAGCUGAGUUCCCUAUAUUCGAUAAGGUUGAUGUGAAUGGACCGAGCACAGCUCCAAUCUACCAGUUCUUGAAAUCAAAGUCGGGUGGGUUCUUGGGUGAUCUCAUCAAGUGGAACUUUGAGAAAUUCUUGGUUGACAAAAAAGGCAACGUCGUCCAGAGAUACCCUCCCACGACUUCUCCUUUACAAAUUGAGAAAGACAUCCAGAAGUUGCUUGUGGCUUAAAUUUUAUACUGUUCAUAAUGUGUGUAUAAGAGAUUCGUAGUGUCUCAAUAACCUGUUUAUUGUUGGUAUACCAGAAAUUCAGAUAGACAUGUAUCCCUUAUGUAACAGUCUUAUAGAAAUGACAUUAUACGAUCGGAAAUUCAAAUGAACAUUUAUGCACACUUUGGAGA